AAUAAACGAUCCGACCCUGCAUUCCUUUCCCCCUUCUUGGCCCACAAACAACGAAAGAACAAUACAACAAAGGGCACCAUCUGCAUACUAAUACUCAUGCCGGGCGGUCCACUCACUCACGUUAUAGCUUCGGCUCUAUUCUACUGGGGGCAAGCUCUCCCAUUUAUUCCCACAUACAUCCAUCUCAUCACCACUGCACUCUUACCCAUUGUUACCGGCUCAUUUGCAUCCCUCAAGCGUCCCGGAAACGCCGCCCGUCCUCGACAUGGGGAUCAAAACUUUGACCAGGACGAUGCCGAAAAAGAAGAUCAACCAUCUCAAAUGGAGAACUUGACAGCUUCCGACGCCCUUUGGUUCCCCGUGACUGCUGGCUUUUUUCUCGGGUCUCUCUACUUGAUCAUUAAAUACCUCGAUGAUCCCGCCAUAAUCAACAAGAUCCUCACCUGGUACUUCUGUGGGAUGGGGGCGUUUGCUAUCGCAAAAGGGUUCUCGGAUUCUCUUGGCGUGCUUGUGACUUACCUUUUUCCAAGACGCUACCGUUCGAAGAGGGACGGGAAGCUUUACAUUGCUGGUUAUAACUCCUACAAGGUCAAGGGAGAUGAGAAUAUUAAGUGUGAGAACUCAUCAGUAUCUUCCAUGCCCCAAUUCACGGCCAGGUCAAUGUGGUCGCUUCGUAGGGCUCUCUACGCGAGAUAUACCUUAAUAAGCGGUGGCACGAAGAAUCCGUCGUUCAAGGCAACAUUCUGGGUGGGAGAUCUUGCUGGCUUGGCGGCCGGGAUCCUUGCUGUCGGGACUUAUGCACUCGGAGGAAAGCACUGGUUAUUGACUAAUAUCAUGGGCACUAGCUUUGCGUAUGGAGCCAUGCAGUUGCUAUCCCCAACUACAUUCACAACGGCAUCUAUCUUGCUUGGUGCUCUUUUCUUCUAUGACAUCUUUUUCGUUUUCUGUACCCCCAUGAUGGUUACCGUUGCUACAACUCUCGACGUCCCCAUAAAGCUUCUUUUCCCUCGCCCAAGCACAUCGCCCAGUGGUCCACGGGCUUUGGCGAUGCUCGGUUUGGGUGACGUUGUAAUUCCAGGCCUUGUCAUUGCCAUGGCGCUGCGAUAUGAUUUAUGGAGAUUCUACGAAAAGAAGCCGGAGUUCAGCAAAUUCUAUUUUUACAUGUCUCUGGGAGGAUACUUUGUGGGUAUUCUCACAACACUUAUAGUCAUGCAUGUGUUUAAACAUGCCCAGCCGGCCUUGUUGUACCUGGUCCCAGGAGUGUUGGGCAGUGUUUGGCUGGGUGCUUUGAUUAAAGGAGAACUUGGGGUAAUGUGGAAUUACAGCGAGGAAGGAGAAGAAACCCCCGGUCCGAAAACUCCUACCGAUGGAGGCUCAAAGAAGGGCGAGGGGAAGGAGAAAAAACCUGCCACGGAGUCGACUACGAAGGAACAGAAAUCGGGGAGCUCGGAGGAAGAUGCCUCGACAGAACUGGUUGAAAUUGUGCGGGAUGAAGAAUGGAUGAGGAUUAUCCUCACGAAGAGAUCAACAAAAUUGCAGCCAUUGGCGAAAUCUAGUGCUUGUUCUGAAGAUAGCGAUUUCUCUGGUGCUGCAAUGUCCAUCUCCGCUGUGAGCUCUAUUUCUGAAGACGAACGAUAGACCGCGGUUAAAUAGAUUGGAUAAUUUUUGCUACUCUCACACUUGGUUGUCUCUUUCAUUUUCUCGUGUGUCUAAAGACUAUAGAUGGGAUAGGGUUGGGGGGGGCAGGAUCUUUGUUUUUUCUCCCUUUUAAUUGCCGCUUGCUGUUCUCUUCUAAUGUAUAUAAUAUGACAGAAGGAGUUCCUUUCAUAUUGCUCAUGAAGGAUCCAGAAACAUGUCUAUGGGAUCCUACAAGCAUAAGAUGUGGGGGUGGUUGAAAAGAUAUCCUGGUCAUAACUAGCUAUAAGGGUUCAAAUCGACGAAGGCUGGGAGGCCUGUUAGCAUUGAAUUUCUACCCAUGGUAAAUAAAUAAUACACAGAUGGUGUCAA